AUGCUCUCCCCCGCCCAUGUCCCCCUCCCAGGCUCCCCAGCUGCCUCCCGCCGUUCGUCCACCUCCUCCGCCCCCUACACCUCCUCGCCCCUUGCCUCGCCCCACACCCCGUACCGUCCACGGCUCGACAGAUUCACUACCCCCGCCACCAUCAAGCCCGAAGAAGACGACUCGUUCAAGGAGGGCGCAAGGAUCAGCGUCAACCAGCCUGUCGGGUCAAUCUCCAUCAGCCCCAGCAGCAGGGAUGUCUGUCUGGCGUCGAGAAAGGGCCUGUAUAUCCUCGACUUGGCAAAUCUCCACAAUGCUCCACGGUUCGUGCCCCAGGGCGGGACAUGGCAGAUAGCAGACGUACAAUGGUCACCCCAUCCAGCCACUGCACACCUUAUCCUCUCCACGUCCUCUCAGAAACUCCUCGUCUGGGAUCUAGCCGCGGCCCGCCCGCUGCUCAAGUCAUUGGACGCUCAUGAGAGAGCCAUCACAGAUAUCAACUGGCACGCCCUCAACCCCAAUCGAAUGGCUACAGUAUCUAUGGAUGCCGGUAUCCGAGGGUGGGACUUGAGGUGUUUCGACAAACCGGUGAUGCGGCUGUGCGAUUGGGGAGCGGCCGGAACGCAAGUCAAAUGGAACAGACGGCAUGAUCAUUUGGUGGCUACGGCGCACGGCAAGAUUGUGCACAUCUGGGAUGACAGGAAAGGGUCGGUACCAGUCACUACCAUACAGGCGCACGACGCCAAGAUCUAUGGCAUUGAUUGGGACCGCGAGAAUCGACACAAGCUGUUGGGCGGCUCUUCAGACCCAGAUUUGGAUUACCACUCAACGCUCCCGGCACCCAGCGAACCAUCGCACACCAUUCAAACGCAUUACCCCGUCUGGCGAGCCCGACACUUGCCGUUCGGGCGUGGUGUUCUCUCCCUCCCCCAACGGGGUGAAAAGGCUCUUGAAAUGUUUGGUGUUGGUGAUGACGCCCCUGUCGAACGUUUCGCCGGGCACGAGAAUGUCGUCAAAGAUUUCGUCUGGCGUGUCCGCGGUGGAGACAGUGAGGGAUUUGAUGACCGAGAAUUCCAGCUCGUCACUUGGUCGAAAGAUCGAACACUUAGAAUAUGGCCCAUCACGCAAGAGCUGGAAGAGCGGGUUGGAUGGCAGCAUGGAGCACCCAUCACAGUACUCGUGUCAAGACGAGGCGCUCCCGACGUCACCUACACCAAAGAGCCUUCCAACAGUGAUACAGACGCACCCAAGCUCCCGCCUCCUAUCGUCAACCCUCACCCCACGCAGAAUCAGCCCUCGAAUCUCACACGUCAGAAACUCGCGAAGCCCGAAAUACAGCCUGGUAUGACCAGGGGUGGCAACAAGGUCCGCGGAAUGGACCAGCUGGAGUGGCUGACCAAAGUUGUCAAGAACGCUCCCAGUCCCGAGCAGAGUCUUGUGUCGAGUAGGAUGCCGAGUAGGUCAAGACCGCCGCCGGGGAGCCGCCCAGGAAGUCGGGUGAGAAGCCGGUCGGCGAGCGUGGGUGGUAGGAAAGAGUGGAAGAGCUUGAAGGACGAGCUAGUAUCAGUCAGCAAGGUGUACCCAAGGCCCAAGAUUAAUUUCGAAAAGGCAAGUCUCCAUAUCGACCUGGCCCAUCUCAAGUUGACGAUAUCACUUCAGGGACCAUGGGCGAAUGGCGAUCGUCAAGCAUUCAUCCGUAUACACUGGUCGUUCCCUGAGAACUAUCCAUAUGGCCCUGAAAUCCCGACAUUCGAACUUGAGCGAAAUCCCACAAUGUCACCAUUGACCCGCCAAACCCUGGUGAUGACGAUCAAAGAAAUGCGUGCUCACAACAAGCAGUGCCUCAUCGAAACGACCGGUUAUCUCUUGGGUCUCCACGAACGCCAAGGCAGACGGCGCGGUAUAGACGAGAGUGACUCUGAGAGCGAGCGAGGAGAGCCGACCAAGCAGAGUGACGAUGUUGUACCAGAGAUGAUGCUCCGGAAGACCUGUGGUGCUACAUUUGGGCCAAAUGGCCAGCUGGUGUGUUUCUUUCCGAAGCAGGUCAUGUUGCCUCGCACUCGCAAUUUCUCGAGGUCACCGUCGAUUACGCGUGACAACCCACCGCCGAUGCUGAGAGCCAUGUCGGCGCUGUCGCGACUGCAGAAUCCUCAUCACCGAGCGCUGGUCCGAUACAAGCCUCGCCAUCGCCGGCUCGAAGUCGUCGAGUCCAUGCCGCCACCUUCAGGGUCGACAAUGACCAUCUAUGAUGUCGGCCACCUCGGUCAUCCGAGUGCAAAGCUAGCGACAGUGUAUGGAAUGUCAGUGGAUGCAAACAUGGGGUACGCCUUGGACGCAAAGAGGCUGGAUCAUGCGGAAAUAUGGGCAACCAUACGGGGUAUCUUGGCAGAUCCACCUCCCGCGUAUACAAUCCUACCACAAGUGGUAGGGAAGAAGGAUGAUCCGAGGAGGGAGCGGAUGAAUUGGGAGCAGGGCAUGGAACGCAAAAGGAAGGUUCUAGAUACACUGUUGAGUAUUCUCAUUCAGCGCCGAGAUAUCCAACUUCUCGCUCUCGUGUCUUGUAUCAUCCACGAGUACAGCAAGACCAUGUACAUCCCGCCGCCAGUCGAAGCAUAUGUCAGCCACUCUCCAGUGCUAGACUACUUUACACUACGAUUUCCUUCGCACUCCAGUCCUGUUGCUGCGACGCCUGCUAUCCAAAGAGCUUCCAGCUCCAUCGUCCCCCUCAGCCCAUCCAAUUCGUCUUCGUUCCGCACUUCGGGCUGGUCACAGAUAUUGAACCCAUCUGGUAUAUCGUUACGAGGCACUUUGACUCCCAAAGAUAGGGCAUCAUUCAGCGAUCUGCCUUUCGCCAAGGCCACUCUGGGGACAAGCUAUGAGGAUCAGAAUUCGCCUACUGGUCUUGCUAUUCCAGGCAUGAGAGUCAUGGAGAGCCCCCGGGUUGCUAGAAAUGACAAGCCCAAGCUCACAGCUGCCAUCUCUCCCUCGCCCCCAUCUGUGGCCCCACUGCACGCGUCAGGUUCAGAUAAAGCUUUAGCCACCAGCGGCGAGCCAAGAUCACAAAAGGUCUCCUUUGGCUCAGCAAGUCCCAUAGGCCGCGGAGCGCGGGCGCACUCUUCAGCGGGGUAUCAUGUUGGUGAUCCUGGGAAUACAGGCAUCAUUGGACCUAGUACGCCGACCCGAUCAGAUGAGGUGCAGAAUAAGGAGGUGAAGGGGUGUGGUGUGAAGGUGGCAUUCCCAAAAGAUGACAGUCCCUCGCAGACUUUAAUAUAUCCCGCGAUGAUGGCCGUUUGCGAAGCCUGGAAGUUGGCUUACGCCGACUUUCUUCUUCGACACAAUCUUUUGGGUAUCAGGACGACUUUGCUGAGGUAUCAGUUCAUACCGCAUAAUCAGCACUCGGCCGUCCAAGCCGCUAGCGGAGAAGUUGGCGGCAUAGUCAGCGCCCCUGAUGAAGAAGCGAGGAUCGAAAGUUCUCUCUCUUCUAGAGUAUGUGUACCUUGCUCUAGUGACCCAAAACGUACAUGCGCAAUCUGCAAUGGGGCACCAAAAAAGGCCGUUUGCUCUUUCUGUCGAGUCCCUAUCAAAGGCAAGUGCAUCCUGAAGCAUGGGCUACUCGAACUGAUAUCCGGCUUAGGUAUUUCGAUGGGGUGCACAAUCUGUGCCCACAAAUUCCACGCUAAAUGCUUUCAGCACUACUUUUUAUCGCCCAUCACGACACCCAUGACAUGUCCCGCAUGUUCUUGUUCCUGCCUCGCCCAUAAAGGCAUCUCCACACCGCUGUAUGCGGUAAAGACUUUGCCCAAGCAGAGCCCCAGUGUCACGCGAGGGUUCGCCCGCGAGACGUUACCUUCUGCUGGGGGUUAUCAAGCCGUCCGGCCCAGGGUUGUAUCUGGCCAAAAUGAGCCAGAGCCGACAGAAGAUGCCAGAGGCCGGCUCACCUAUGCUAGCCUGGUGAAAUUGGGGGCUAUCAAGGAAAAUUUGGGUCUCGGGUCUGGGUCUGGAGAUGGAGGAGGCUCAAUGAUCAAUGCGGGGAUGAGCGCCUUGGGGCUACAUCAAGAUGAUGAUGAUGAGGUUGGGAUGGAAAGGGAAAGGACCCUGCGGGGAGAGCAGAGGAGUAAUGAGCAAAGAGGCGGUGAUGGAUUGCUGUCGAGAGCGAGGUGGGGUGGAGAUGGAUUGCUGCAUUGGAAAGGAGCCACACAGAGCUGA